GCGAUAACAAAGGGAAGUAACUGCGUCUAAGAUCUUGAGGGGAGUGUUCACGCAAGUUGCGGUCUCAUUUUGUUUUAUAUACUGUGUCAUUAUAACCGUGUUGUCAACAUGGCAGUUUAACAGCCUCGGUGUGCCUCAAUCAUCAUAUAUAGGUAAGAAUGUCACUACCAAGAGCCCCACUUUCCCGUACGACCCAAAUGCGUGUUCUGGGCACACUGAUGAAGGGCCCUCCAUGUGUAGCUGAUGAGUGGGAGUAUGCUGUGUCUGAUGUGUGGAUUGGACAGCUGAAGGAUCUGCUAAAUGAUCAUCAGACAACAGGGGGGCCUGUCCCUCCCAUGACAAGCUCAUUCAAUGACACGGACAACAUAUUUCUAGGGGAAUCAAUCUGGAAGGUGCUGGUGUCAUGGUAUGGCCUCGGGGAGGAUUACAACCUCCACAGACGACUGUGUUCCUCCAAGUACAUGCAGGUUCCAGGUCAGGGAGACUCGUACAUCUUGGCAGACAAACACCUCGACUUCAUCCAUAUAUCCGUCUGUCUCCUGGACCACAUUGACUGCGUAGACAAGCAGCAUUUCAUUCAAGUCUUCUUCUGGGAGGAUGUCAAUUUUCUGGAACUGCUGCUGUGCAGAUCUAUUGGAGUUUCAAUAGACCAAGGUCAUCGGAUAUGGGCAUCUAUCAAGAAAGAUGAAAAUGAAGUAUUUUUGGGGACUUUGGAUUCACCAGAAAUAUGUACAGCUGGGAGUUUUGGUGGAUUCCUAAGCUUGAAGCUACCAGGUUUGCGUGAGAAACUGAAAAAGAGACAUGGACUUCCUCCUCCUACUGCUAGUCAAGCAUCUUUGGACUCUUUCUCUUCUGCCAAAGGACACUUGGCUGAGGUUCUGCAAAGACUGGGGAUCAGCAUCAUGUUGUGUCUGGAGGAGACGGGGAGGAAACAGCCUUACCCUCUGCAUCAGAGGGUCUCAUGUCUGUCUGGCAUCAGUCCUAAUCUUGUGGUUGCCCAACAACAACAUGACUGGUCAAGAGUACUGGAUGAAGCCUUGAAUACAUUUGAGAAGGAGGUACAGUUUCUGGUGAAGACGAAACGAGAUGAGGUGUGCCAAGAUGUUGAGAAACUCAUCAAGGACAAGAUUACAGCUGCAGAGAAACUUGAGCAAGAUGUAGGGAAAGCAAAAGCAGAGCUUGGUGUGCAAGAGAAGAGGUUUAGAGAACAUGAAAAAGACUUAGAUGAGCGCGAACAUGACCUUAAUGUGAAAGUGGACAAGUUCAAGCGAGGCCUGACAGAUUACCUUAUGCAGAGGAAGAAGCUGGAAGAAGAGUUGAAAAGAAUUGAAGAACAGAAUAAAUUCACAGACACCAAAGUGGAGUUGAAUGUUGGAGGCUCCAAGUAUACUACAUCAACAGUUACGCUAACCAAAGAACCAGAUUCAUUAUUAGCACUGAUGUUCAGCGGGCGACAUCAUGUCCAAAAAGAUGCUGAUGGUUCCUACUUUAUUGACCGUGAUGGGACCAACUUUCGACAUAUUUUGAAUUAUAUGCGUGAUGGUAUGAGGUCAAUAGAUAGUCUCAGGAAUCAGACUGCAUUACUCCAAGAGAUACUUGUCGAGGCCGACUUCUUUAGACUGUCAGGGUUGUCGGAAGCCAUCAACGCUAUGAGGUCAAGCCAGACAUCGGGCACGUGUUCCAGUAUGCCAGCACAAUACUGACAAACUCAUAUCCUUUUCUAAUGACAGUAACUACAUUCCUGGCUAUACCCCAAACAUGGGCCUGAAACUAGUGCUUACCAUGUACUGCCACAGUAUAUGUUUCAUCUGCAGAGUUUCCAACUCCACUUAAGUUCAGGAGAGCAAGGCCUUAGAUAAGGCUAUUUCUGGACAUGCAGAAAGGAAAAUGUGACAUACAUAUUAACAAAAGUUAAUUAGUGUCACAGUGCAAUCCAAUGUGGAAAAAGAUGAGUUUCCUUCAAAUUUGUUUUUAGCAUUAAAGUUUAGAUAUGGCUUGAGAAUAAUUAAUCUUGACUAGAGAGCUGGAUAUUAGAUUGAAUGUCUGGAGACUCAAGCUGUAUGCUAGGGUGUUGGCAGGUCUGCAUCUGUAGAUUGCUAUAGAGUAUUAAAUCAUUAGAAAUAUGGGGGCAAUGAGGGUUUUGUGGAAACUGAUAAAUGAUUGGGGAUGCAAAUAUAUAUAUGUUGUAUAUGUUGUUCCGUACGUCAAUGACCACACUUAAGUCUUUCGUAGUAGGAAGCAUUGGGCCAAACCAAAUCACUUGUACAGUACAUGUAUAUAUUCUACAGGUUAGGCUCCUUGCAUCACAUGGCAAUGGUUGUUGUAAAAUCGCAGGUAUUUGGGAGGAGCUGUCCACAUCUUUCAGUGAUCAGUCACAGCCUGUAGUAGUGAAGAAUGAGAGAGCGAGUGUACAGACUACAACACCUGCUUCACCAGUAUCAUAUUAAAAUGUCCUCACCCCACAUCUUUAAUAACCUUCACCAAAACAUAACGAUCCUGGGAUCUUCAAGCACUUAGCUGUUUUUUGAAUGAAUAUAUUAUCAUUAAACAUGAAGCUCUUCAUGUGGUUAGGGUUCUAGGGGGGAUUGAGCAGCCUGGGGGUAAACUUCACUCCUCACUCCAAAGAACUGGGUUCGAUUCCCCACAUGGGUGGUACAAUGUGUGAAGCCCAUUUCUGGUGUUUCCUGACAUGAUAAUGCUGGAAUAUUGUUAAAAGCGGCAUAAAACCACACCCACUCUGGAGUCCUCUUGUCGAAUUUAUCAUUUCAUGUACAGUUCAGAACACAUAUUGAUACAUCCAUCUGUUGUAAUAUUAUACAGGAUUAUUUGUUCUCAUAUCAACGUUUGUUUGUUUGUUUGUUUGUUUGUUUGUUAAUAAACUGUUUU